CGGCGAGCGAGGCGGAGUCUGUGUUUCGGUCAGGCUGCGGCUGCGGCUGCGGCUGGAGUGGUGUACUUCAGAAGAGCGAGGCCGAGGCCUGGGCCCAGCCCGGAGCCGCUGCCCGACCCGAGCCUCCUGGAGCCCCCUCGCCGGCUGAUCUUAGGGGUGGGCUCGGGCUCGGCCCGCCGCCGCACGCAGGACCGAGACUGCAUGCCGGAGGACCAGGCCCACGCAGCCAUGGAGGAAGCAUCUCCCUAUUCCUUACUUGACAUCUGUUUGAGUUUCCUGACCACUAACCUUGAGAAGUUCUGUUCAGCAAGACAAGACGGAACACUGUGUCUGCAGGAACCCGGAGUAUUUCCACAGGAGGUAGCUGACCGACUGCUUCAGACCAUGGCAUUUCAUGGUCUGCUGAAUGAUGGAACUGUGGGAAUUUUCAGGGGUAAUCAGAUGCGCCUAAAGCGAGCUUGCAUUCGCAAAGCAAAGAUUUCCGCUGUUGCUUUCCGGAAAGCCUUCUGCCACCAUAAGUUAGUAGAACUUGAUGCCACGGGUGUGAACGCCGACAUCACUAUCACAGACAUCAUAACUGGCCUUGGCAGUAACAAGUGGAUCCAGCAAAAUCUUCAGUGCUUAGUACUAAACUCAUUAACUCUGUCCCUCGAGGACCCGUAUGAGCGGUGUUUCAGCCGACUUUCUGGCCUUCGCGCUCUGAGCAUCACUAAUGUCCUCUUCUACAACGAAGACCUGGCUGAAGUCGCUUCCUUGCCUAGACUGGAAAGCCUGGACAUUUCUAACACCUCAAUCACAGAUAUCACUGCCCUGCUGGCCUGCAAAGACCGACUCAAGUCUCUCACCAUGCACCAUUUGAAAUGUUUAAAAAUGACUACUACCCAGAUCCUUGAUGUUGUUCGGGAACUAAGACAUCUGAAUCAUCUUGACAUCUCAGAUGAUAAACAAUUCACAUCAGACAUAGCCCUGCGAUUGUUAGAGCAAAAGGACAUUUUGCCUAAUCUUGUCUCCCUGGAUGUUUCAGGGAGGAAGCAUGUGACAGACAAAGCUGUUGAAGCCUUUAUACAGCAGCGGCCCAGCAUGCAGUUUGUAGGUUUGCUGGCCACAGAUGCUGGUUACUCUGAAUUCCUUACGGGCAAAGGACAUUUGAAGGUGUCUGGAGAAGCCAACGAGACUCAGAUUGCAGAAGCAUUAAGGCGGUACAGUGAAAGGGCGUUUUUUGUCCGGGAAGCUUUGUUUCAUCUUUUUAGUUUGACUCAUGUGAUGGAAAAAACAAAGCCAGAAAUCUUAAAGCUUGUGGUUACUGGGAUGAGAAACCAUCCUAUGAAUUUGCCUGUGCAACUGGCUGCAAGUGCCUGUGUGUUUAACUUAACUAAGCAGGACCUUGCUUUAGGCAUGCCUGUCCGACUCCUCGCUGACGUAACCCAUUUGCUGCUCAAGGCCAUGGAACAUUUUCCUAAUCACCAGCAGUUACAGAAGAAUUGCCUCCUCUCACUUUGUAGUGAUCGAAUUCUUCAAGAUGUCCCAUUUAACAGGUUUGAAGCAGCCAAGCUUGUCAUGCAGUGGCUUUGCAACCAUGAAGAUCAAAACAUGCAAAGAAUGGCAGUUGCCAUCAUUUCCAUCCUGGCUGCUAAGCUCUCUACAGAACAAACCGCACAGCUUGGUGCUGAGCUCUUCAUUGUCCGGCAACUUCUUCAAAUAGUGAAGCAGAAAACUAAUCAAAAUUCAGUGGAUACUACAUUGAAAUUUACUUUGAGUGCACUCUGGAACCUCACAGAUGAAUCCCCAACAACAUGCAGACACUUCAUUGAAAAUCAAGGGUUAGAGCUCUUCAUGAGAGUUCUAGAGUCUUUCCCAACUGAGUCAUCCAUUCAACAAAAAGUUCUAGGUCUUUUGAACAAUAUAGCUGAAGUACAAGAGCUCCAUUCUGAACUAAUGUGGAAGGACUUCAUAGACCAUAUCAGCAGUCUCCUGCACAGUGUGGAAGUAGAAGUCAGUUACUUUGCAGCUGGGAUUAUCGCCCACUUAAUAUCCAGAGGUGAACAAGCAUGGACCUUGAGCCGUAGCCAGAGGAAUUCUCUUCUUGAUGAUUUGCAUUCAGCUAUUUUGAAAUGGCCAACUCCAGAGUGUGAGAUGGUAGCAUACAGGUCCUUUAAUCCAUUUUUCCCACUGCUUGGCUGUUUUACAACACCGGGAGUCCAGCUAUGGGCAGUUUGGGCCAUGCAACAUGUUUGCAGCAAGAACCCUUCAAGGUAUUGCAGCAUGCUGAUUGAAGAAGGAGGACUGCAGCAUUUGUACAACAUCAAAGAGCAUGAGCAGACAGACCCCUACGUCCAGCAGAUUGCUGUAGCCAUUCUGGACAGUUUAGAAAAGCACAUUGUGCGCCAUGGGAGGCCCCCUCCCUGUAAAAAGCAGCCCCAGGCCCGACUAAAUUGAUAGCCAUAGACAGUUAGAAAUGAACAGUGGAAAUCAUUUUUGUGGAAUGGUGUGCUCUCUGGUGUGGGGAUGUCUGUGAUAAGAGUCCUGUGAUCCAUCUGGGCUUGGUAAUGUACAGUCUGAUUUGUUCUGUGAUUUUUAACUUAGGAGGAGAAAGGUCUUCCUUCAUUAUUAUCUUUUAGGAAAUCUUUCAUGUUUGAACUUAACCUGUGCUUGAGAUUCUACAGUCUUAUGAUAAAUUGCACGAACCCUUAGGCCAGACUUCUCUCGAGCCCUUCCAGGUAAUUUGCAGUGUGAGCAGGGCUGCUGACGCAACAUCAGCACUGUUCGAUUGUAAGAUUUAUUACGCUUCUGUAAAAAUGCCUUCAUUCUCUGUGUGUCUUCCACAAGAUGCACUUGUUUGUAUGAGUGGAAACUGUUGUGCCUCUGGAAGCUCUGCUGUUUGGAGCCUGGAUGGCAGUCAAAGAAAAACGAAAGAGAAGCUAUGAAAGAAGAACGGAGUUGAAGAGGAAUUAGACAUUGCUUUUUUAGCUCUGAGAAUGGACAGGUUCUCCUUGAGCCCCUCUCCCAAGGCCGGGAGCAGGAGCUGUUCUCCAAGCUGAAGUCUGGGAGCGUGGACUCUUUCUGCAGGCUUCUAGAACUACUUGCCCAGUUACAUAGUGUAGCGUCACAGCAUUGCAUGUCAAAGCCUCUCAGAGACACUGGCUGUCAUGCUGUAAGAGUGCGGUUUUUUAAAUGUCGCUGGUUAAGCUGCCUGUUUUACCCCUUCUUUUCCAAAGUCAUUUUUAUUCAGUGGAGUAGACUAUUUACAGAGUUAACUUGCUUAGUUAAAAUACAAUUGACAACAGAAAAAUUGCUAUAAAAAUUUAACCUUGAGUUGGGGUGUGGCUCAGUGGUAGAGUGUGUUCUUAGCAUGUAUGGAUUCAAUACCCAGCACUACAUACAGAAAUGUUAAUUUUCUCUCUUCUGAUAAAAUAUGGUUAUCUGUUAGCAUAAAUGGCUCAUACCUGUACUCACUCAGGAGACUGAGGUGGGGGGAGGGUGCCAUGAGUUUGAGGCCAGUCUGUGUCAGAGAGACUGUUAGUGUAUCUUCAUUAUGUGUCAUGUUAGAAGAAGAUGUCCACACCUCACUUCAAAGGUGCAGGAGAAGAAGAGGCUGCUAACUGGUUACACGUGCAGCCGCGUGGGUAGAAGGAAAGUUUUGAUGGACGUCUUUUAGACAGUUGCCUGCCCUUUAAGAUAGUUGAUAUAAUGAAGAGUCAGUUAUUGUCCUACAAACCUGGGAUAUAUCAAGUUACCAACAAACUUAAUUUCCAUUUUAAGAUGGAAAUAGUGGAGACCUAUAAUCCAGUAAUCACAAGGGUGAGACAGAAGGAACUAGAAGUUAGAGAUGAACUUAGACUACAGAGUAGCAAGCCCGCCUGGGCCAUAGAGGGAAACUGUUUCUCACAAAACAGAGCAAAUUUUUAAUUUUAAGGAAGCUUGGCAGCACUUGCCCUUAAUCUAAAGCACCACAGAGCAGGUGGCAUGAUAGCGAGACCCAUCCCAAACAAGUACAGCAGCAGCUCGUUCUGUGAGCGGGCUGAACCUGAAAGUUCUUAUGACCACAUUUUAUUCCUACACAUCUAAAAUGCUUUCAAUAGAACUUUAAAAUGAUAUUUUUAAAUAACUCACCAAUAUUUCAGUGUAAAGGGGAGCUAGUUUAAGCUGGGCAUGGGGGCUUGUAAUGUAGAAUAUGAAGGCAAGAGGAUUGUGAGUUCUAAGCCAGCCUGGGCUACAUGAGAGUCCCUGCCUAUAAAAAAAAAAAAAAAAAAGAAAAAAACCCAACAAGCUGAUUGACUCAUUCGUAUGCUUUUAACAUGUCUGACUCAUGUUUAUACUGCUGUCGCACUUCAGACUUGAAUGUUUAGGGCUUCCUUUGUAGGAAUGAAUACUGAAUCAAACUAAAA